GCUCCCCUGCACUCUAGAACUGGCUGUCGUGGUUUCACAUCUCCCACCCUGCAGUGUGCAUCCUUAGCUAACAAAGGCAGCACAAGGGUCUUCACUGCGACAAAAGAGAAGCAGUUCAGGCACGCUGUGGGCAGCAGCUGCUCUACAUAUCUGCCUCUGCAAAUGGCAGCACAGUUGUCAGCUAUCCAAGUGAAGAGUUUGUGAUGAGAUAAUACAAGGCUCCUCUCCCAGAAUGACUGCAAUUGACUAGUGAUUAUGAAUGCCAAGCAGUAAGACCAGCUCCUUUUAAGUACAUCACAUUGGAUUCUGAAAAUAGAGAUCCAAGGAUCCAGUUUCUACAGCACCAGUUAAAACCAAAGGAAAGAAAACAAAAAGAAUAUACAAAGAAUGGUAGAAAUAAAACAAAGUAUUAAGACACCUGCUUUGUACUGUUCAAGAAGGCAGAGUAAAGACUUCCUAGAAAACUUGUCCAACUUCCACAAGGAGCAGCUUUACAGGAUUUUGAAGGAAGAGCAAAAGGACUUCAAGAAGGAAAUCAAAGCCUUCUGCAAAGCAAAUAAGAAUUUCCAUGAAGAGAUAAGAGCCUUCCAGAAGGAGAGCAAAGCCUUAUGGAAGGAAAUCAACAACUUCCAGGAAAAUAACAAAGCUGUGAAAGAAGAGAUCAAGAAUGUUUUAGAACAGAGCGAGGACUACUCACAAAAGAUCAGAGUCAUCCAGAUGAAGAAAAAUGUCUUCCAGAAACAAGUUGGUAACAUUCAGGAAAAGCUUGAAGAAUUCUGGAAUAAAAUGAAGGUUGCUGAGGAUUUGAUUGAGGUUCUUGGUGAAAGGAAUAAGGCUGGCCAGGAAGUGGUAAAGGCUUUCCUAAAACAGAAUCAAGAUAUCCAAGAACAGAAUAAAGCUAUGUAUGAGAAGAACAAAGUCCUGCAGGGUAAGAAUAAAGUAAUGCAGGAAAAGAACUGGGCUUCCUGGAAGGACCAUAAAGUACUCUGGAAGAAGGACAAGAUCUUCUGGGAUGAAGAGAUGGCCAUCUCAAGCAGCAAACUCAUUCUCUGGGAAGAAUCCAUAGCAUUCAAGGAGAAUGACUGGAGGAUUCAAAAAGAAAAAGAAGCUUUGGGGGAUGUGGUGGAAGCCCUGAAGUAUGAGAAAUUUUCCCUCUUGAAAAAUGUUUAUAUUCUUCCAGGAGAGGAGAAACUACCUGAAAGAAAAGAGAAAGAUCUUUGAGACGAGCACAGACCAGCCAUGGGCACUGGAAGUGGAGCCUUAGAGCAAACUGGGAAGAUCUGAAACAUGACUUCACUUUCAAGCAAAACGCAGAUAGGCUUUAAUUCUUUUUCCUAAAAAUAUUUACCUAUAAGCUAAAAUAUUGCUUUAGCUUUAUGUUUUCUUUUAAUGUGUUUCCUCUAUUUUAUUCUGAUUUAUUUAUCAUUUCUCUUUGCUUGACUUACAGGCUUUAGCAAUCAAAAUUAUUAACUGCAAUUCUCGCAAUGCUCCAAUGAGGAGUGAUGGUGAAUUAAUUAUAAACAGAUGGUUCCAUUUCUAAGUAUCCUACUGCCUAAAUUAAAGCCGUAGUGUAUUACCUACGUUAUUCACAAUUGCACUUGCACUUUUUAAGAUUUCCACCUCAUAACUGUCAAAAAGACAUAACUGAAAAUUUCUGAAGUUGUUUAAAAUGAAAAUGAAGUUGUUGCAAGUUUUUUCCUUAACCAAUCAUUAAAAAACAUUUCAAAAUGUCCAAAUCACCACAAAAUCACAGAUUUGUGAGCAGCAUGUUUACGUCUCAUCUAGUUCAGUUCAAUAAUUUUAAAGCAAGUACAUUAGCUGUACCUUCCAUAAUAUCACUUGUUUCAAUCAAUGCAUUCAGAGAAAAGUAAGGCAACUUACCCUUCUGUUCAUGAAAUCAAAACAGGACAUCAUACAGAGAGGCAGCACACGGCUAUGGCUGCUCACUCACUGGGUGAGGUUGACAUUGCACUAUCUGGAUUCAGUCAUACCUCUUUAUUUUCACUCUGUAAAAAGCAAUCCUAAUGACAUAGCUGCUUCAGCGACAUCAGUAACAAAUCAAUAAAGCGA